GCAUACUAUGACGAGGUCGAAAUUGAGGACAUGGCUUGGGAUGAGGAGAAGCGCGUUUACCAUUACCCAUGCCCCUGUGGUGACCGCUUCGAGAUAACCCGCAAGCAGCUCAAGAACUACGAGGACGUCGCGACCUGCCCUAGUUGCAGCCUCGUCAUUCGUGUCAUAUACGACCCCCUUGACUAUGAGGACGAACCU